AUGGUGUAUCUCAAGACAAGCCAGGAAUGGCUCGAUCAGUCCAUGGCUCUCCUAGAGGCCCGUCCUGCCACUACUCUCAUUACCACAACAUACAAGCUCAAGCCUGGCCCUACGCGACCCGAUGCAGACGGCAACACACCCGUCACCAAGCCCCCACGCGGCGCUCUCGUCCUCAAGGCGCGCAGGAGGUCACGUCGUUUGAUACAUGCCUCUCUAGGCCGGCUAGGAAGAAGUAUGGCUGCGGUGCCAGAUGUACCUGAGGUGACAAUGGCAGAUGGCGAUGGCACAAUUCCGGCGGAGGAGUCACAAGCCGCUACGCCGACACCACAGGCGGCCCAAGGGGGUGGAGGUGGAAAGAAGAAGAAGAAGGGCAAGAAAUAA